AUGGCUACAGCCUUCUUGGGUUAUGAACAUAGCCCAAAAUGGUUUAAUAUAAGAAAUAGUAUGAAAAAUACAAAGUAUAAUAAAUUAAAUAAGUCAACAUACUAUUUAAAUAAAAGAAGAUAUAGUACAAUUCCUUCUUCAAAUAAUAGUAUUGAAUUUUCUUAUUCUGAAAGGUUAAAUUCAAUAAUUAAAGAAUUAGGUCUAAAUCCUGUGUAUAUUUUUGAAAACCUAGAUUCAGAAAAUAUUAGAAAACAAAUAUUAAAUGAGACUAAAGGUUUAAGUGGAAUAUACAUGAUAGUUAAUAAAAUAACUAAAGAUUACUAUAUAGGUUCUGCGGCAACUAAUAGAUUUUAUGCUAGAUUCAGCAACCAUCUAAUUUAUUUCAGAGGUAGUAAAAUAGUUAAAUCAGCAGUAAAAAAAUAUAAAUUAGAUAAUUUUGCUUUAAUUAUAUUAGAAUUAUACCCUAAUAUAGUUACUAAAGAAAAUAAUAAGGAAUUGUUGGAUUUAGAAGAUAAAUAUCUAAAAUUGUUAUUACCUAAUUAUAAUAUUUUAACUGAGGCAGGUUCUAGUUUUGGUUAUAAACAUACUGAAGUUGACCGUCAAAAAAUGAAAGAUAUUUAUACUGACGCAAGACGGGAAAUGGUAGGUAGUUUAAACAGAGGUAAAAAGCUUUCUCCUGAAACAAUAGAGAAAAUGAGAGAGAAAGCUUUAAAUAGAUCUCCUAUGUUAGAUGAGAUUAAGAAAAAAUGUAUUGCACAUACAAGACCUGUAGUUUUAUAUAAUCUUAAUGGAACUGUUUACGGUGAAUAUUCUACUAUUUUAGAUGCAGCUAAUUCUAUAAACUGUGGUGAAAAAACUAUCAGAAGAGCACUAAAAACAGAAAAAGGAUUAGUAAAAAGACAAUGA